AAAUGAAUAAUAUAGGCAUACAUUUUUUCUGAGUGCGUUAGCCUGGGUAACUUGUGAUGAUUGCAUUCUAUUGUUUGCAAAAUAAUCCCCUUUUCUGUAUUGUUAGUGUAUUUUUUAAAAGGUGCCCAAUUUAAUGUUUACACACCGUUUGGUUCGCUUUACCUGUGCGGCUUGUUCAUUAAAGUCCAAAACGAGGCUCUAUCGAGAUAAACUUAGAAACUGGAGUUGAUUCAAGUCGGAGCGAAGACAACAUACACACGCUACUGCUUCGACUUAAGAAGGAGAGUGAAAAUGUAGUGUGUACAGAGAAACUAGUAACGAAUCAUGACGAUAUUAUAGAUAAACGGACGUGUCCAAUGUCCAACAUUUCGUUUUAAGAUUUACAGGUGUGAAAUUGGAUUAUGCAGUUUGUAGUUCGACGCGGCGCAUUGUCGUCGUUACAGCGGUGCAAUAGUACGGUAUGGAAUUAGUCCUUUUGUCUCCCGCGGAGAAAGUAUUCUAUGGAUUUCAAAGGUGACUUGAUUCUAAUGGAUUUUUCUCCAUUUGUAGAGUUUUCUUGAUUUUUUUUUAGUUUAAUAACAUUGUAGGUGGAUUACCACGGGAGCAGAUAAUAUUGCUUACUAUGCCUUUACUGUGAAGCUAUUUUUUUUUUCUCAGAGAAGUUCAUAGCAUUAGACCAUGCUCAUGCGUCAAAAUGAAAUUUUCGAAUAGCUUAAUGUGUGUGUUGUUGCUACUUUGCAAAGUAGCACUUGUGUUGGGUGAAGUAACAUUGAAGUUUGAUGUUGUGGAAGAACAGCCUCCUUUGAUAUAUAUAGGACAAAUCAAUGUGACAGCCUACCCCCCACCCUACACGCAAAUUCAGUUUUCAAAUGACAUAAGUUUAGAUACCCAGUCCGGACGAAUCCAAACUGCUCGGAAAUUGGACAGAGAGGUAACAUCAUCUUACACUCUUGUGAUUUACGCUUCUUCAUCUACUGGAUUUACACCCAUUCAAAUCAAGAUCAAUGUCAUCGACAUCAACGACAACUCUCCCUUUUUCCCCAAUGGCAGCAAGUCUCUUUCUCUUUCCGAGAUGACACCGAAUGGAAGUAAAGUUCACAUUGGAAGUGUUAUAGAUUUGGACAUUGGAGACAAUACCAUCCGUCCACCAGCCAUCAUUGUUAGCGGAAAUGAAGACAAUAUGUUCAAAUUGGAAGGUAAAACAUUAUCCGCACAUCCUAAUACGUUGUAUCUGGACUUGGUGUUAAAUGGAAAGCUAGACUAUGAUAAUGGGGUAAAAGAAUAUCGUUUGAUUGUUCAAGUGAAGGAUGGAGGAGCCCCUCCACAGACCGCAACUCUUAUAGUAAAUGUUAGUGUAGUUGAUGCCAAUGAUAAUGCUCCAGAAUUCACACACACCAAAUACUCCACCGUAAUUCCAGAGAAUAUUCAGAUUGGGGCUAGUAUUGUGAAGGUCAGUGCUACAGACCUUGAUUCUGGUGAGAAUGGUCAUAUAACUUAUCUUCUGGAUCGCAACCGAGAUCCAGAGGAGCAUUUUGUCAUAGAACAGAAUACGGGUAUAAUUCGAAUCCACAAACAAGUGGAUUAUGAGCAUCAGAAACAUUAUGAGUUGUCUGUGAUAGCAAGAGACAAUGGUUCCCAAGCUUUAGAAUCAAAUGCAGUGGUUGAGGUCAACAUAACCAAUGUUAAUGAACAACCAGCAAACAUUAACCUUGUUUACCUGUUAAAAGACAACAAAACGUAUGAAAAUGCGACGGUAGGGGACUACAUCGCUCGCAUCUCUGUCAGUGACCCAGACUCUCCAAACAAUUACUACGCCAAUGUUAACGUUACAUUACAGGGAGACAUGGGGUAUUUCGGCCUUGUGACAGAUGACAAGGUGAUAUACCAUGUUAAGAUCUUAAAACCCCUAGAUAGGGAAAGCAACCCCAAUUACAACUUAACAAUUACAGCAGAAGACUCUGGACCAAGUGGGCCACCGCUGUACGCAACCAAAUCUUUCACUGUUACAGUGGAAGACGUGAAUGACAACGCCCCCAGAUUCACACAAACUGUGUACACAGCCUCCAUUCCAGAACAAGCACCUGCUGGUUCCUCAGUUGUCCACGUAACAGCCAAUGACCCUGACCUUGGAGAAAAUGCUCGUGUUACAUACAGCAUGAUAUCUAACCCUUCAUCUGACUCGGACUGGUUUGAGAUCAGUGCUACCACUGGAUUUAUCACCACCAAGAAUAAUGCAAACAUUGAUUGUGAGCACAAUCAAAAUCCGUGGGUUACUGUCAUUGCUACAGAUCAUGGAAAUCCUCCACUGUCAUCAACUGCCACUGUCAGCAUCACCAUUGACAAUAUCAAUGACCUUGAACCUGUAUUUGAGAGGUCAUAUUACGAAGCCAGGGUAGCUGAAAAUAAAGCUGUUGGAUCCUGUAUUUUGAUGGUAUCUGCAAAUGACCCAGAUUGUCAAGGAGUGAGCCAGAAUCGGAUCAGGUACCAUUUGGACAAUUCCUCUGCUGCUCAGUCUUUUACCGUGGAAACCACCAGUGGACAGAUCUGUGUCAGCCAGGCUCUUGACUUCGAGACAAAACCAAGCCAUGAAUUCACAGUGUUUGCAAAAGAUUCAGGUAACCUGGAAAGUAGCGCUGUAGUAAAGGUCACCCUCACGGAUGUCAAUGACAAUCACCCAGAGUUUUAUCCACUUAACUACAGCAUCAAUGUAGAUCUGUCAGAAGCCAACACUGGAACAACCAUUGUCAGGGUUCAGGCCCAGGACCCAGACAGCAGUAACUUUGGGAGUAUUCAGUACAGUAUCACCGCUGGCAAUGACAGAGGCUACUUCAGUAUUAUCACCAACUCAGGUCGUAUCUAUCUCGCGGCCUCCCUCCCCUCAGAGGAGAAAGUCUACACCCUACAGGUGACUGCUACAGAUGGAGGUGGACUUACGUCUAAAUCCCCAGCCCAUGUGUAUAUCAGCAUCACGGGACAAAACUCUCACCCUCCCCUGUUUGAUCACCUGACCUACAGCUUCUCCGUUCCAGAGGACACCGUUCAUGGCACUACGGUGGGGACCAUCCAUGCCACGUUUCAGCCUGUUAAUGGAGGAACUUCAGAGGUGAGGUACUCUAUUGCCUCUGGUGACAAGAAUGGCCUCUUUGCCAUCAAUGACAGAACUGGGGUGAUAUCAAGCACUAAGACUUUGGACCACGAGACCCAGCCAUUUGUCCUACUCAGCAUCAGGGCUGAGGCAGGAAAUCCUCCAGUGUUUGGCACUACUCAGGUGAACAUCACUAUAUCCGAUGUGAAUGAUAACAGUCCUCAGUUCCAGGCCAGUUCCCUACAGAUCCCAGUGUGGGAGGAUGAGGACCUCUCCACCACUCUAUACACCGCUCAUGCCACCGAUCCAGACAGUGGUGAAAAUGGCACCAUCUUGUACAGCCUGGGGGGAGACUCCACCAACAAUUUCAAGAUCAAUUCUACUUCAGGAGAAAUAACUUUACUGAGGUCACUUGAUUAUGAACAAGUGCAGAUGUACCAGCUUAUGGUUGAAGCACGAGAUCAAGGAAGAUUCCCCCGUACCUCGACACUGAGUCUUACUAUAACGGUGCUGAAUGUUAAUGACAACUCACCAGUCUUCUCAGCAAGCCAAUACAUCUUCAAUGUUAGUGAAUCAGCAGUUGCCCAAUCAAACAUUGACAGAGUUCAAGCAACAGACCUAGAUGGAGACCAUGUGUCGUACUCCAUCAGGGACACAAUUUACCAAAAUUUGUUUGGAAUUGUAAGUUCUUCUGGAUACAUAUACCUCAAACAAGAAAUCAAUCGUGAAGAAAAAGACAGUUACUCUUUGACUGUGAUUGCUAGGGACAGUGGAAAGGGCUCUCGCUCAACCUCUGUCCAAGUCACAAUCAAGGUGUUAGAUGCCAAUGACCACAGCCCGGUGUUUAAGCAGUCUUUCUACACCUUCUACAUUAUGGAGAACAUGGCUGCCAUCACUGUAGUGGGACAAACCACAGCAACAGACAAGGACACAGGUGAUAAUGCUUACCUUCGCUAUCAGUUCGAUCAACCAGAGUCCCACCUAAAGAUUGAUUCGGAGACUGGUGUAAUCACAACUACCAGCUCUCUGGACCGUGAGGUUAAGGACCUUUACAACAUUACUGUGGUUGCUAGCGAUCAUGGGGAUCCCAAGAAGUAUGAUUAUGCUAAUGUCAAGAUUUUCGUUGGAGACUUGAAUGACAACAGCCCCAUGUUUUUGAAUAAUCAACCAAUUGAAGCCACAGUCAGUGAAAAUGAACCUAAAGGAACAUCAGUCCUUAACAUUUCGGCCAAGGAUGAUGAUGCUUUAGAGAAUGGAACAAUAUCAUUUUCUCUCACAGCAGAUGGAGAUGCACAAGCCCUUAAAUAUUUUGCCAUUCACCCAAAGACGGGCAUGGUAUCAACACUUGAGGUUCUUGAUUUUGAGCAGAUGAACAAAUAUACGUUGGGCGUCAUUACUCAGGAUCAUGGGAAUCCAGCAAGGAGUUCCUCUGCAUCUCUUGUCAUUCAUGUUAAAGAUGAAAAUGAUGGCAGACCAAUCUUUGCAACACAGAACAUGACAAUAAAAGUGGUAGAAAAUAUCAAAACAGGGUCCAUCAUUGGUAGAGUAGAGGCAAAAGAUUGGGAUUCUGGAGAAAAUGGUCGUGUUUCGUACUCUAUUAUAGGAGGAAAUGUGUUUAGUGUGUUUGCUAUGAAUGUGUCGACUGGAGAUAUCUACUGCAUCAGGAAUGUGGAUUAUGAGGAAGCAUCUUCUUAUUCUCUGGCUGUGAAGGCAGUGGAUAACUCUACAUACAAUCCAAAAAGCAGCACCAUUAGUGUGGAGGUGGUGGUAGUGGACAUUAAUGAUAACCCGCCAGUGUUUGACAAAGACCCUGUUCUCCUUAGCAGGAAAGAGAACUUACCCACUGGAUAUACUGUUCACACAUUCACAGCUACUGACAAAGAUUCCGGUGUCAAUGGAAGCGUCCAGUACAGCAUUCAGACUCAAACUCCCGACAAGGGCUUGUUUACCAUUGAUCCGCAGACAGGAGAUCUGAAAGUGGCGACUAUGUUGGAUUAUGAAGAAGUGAAGCAGGUAUCCAUGGUGAUUCAAGCCGAGGACCAGUGUCAUGUUGGAUGUCAACAGCGAGCCACCAUUACCGCUUUGCUCUCUGUGAUCGAUGUGAAUGAUAACACACCAGUGUUUAAGGGAAAUUCCUCCUACUCAGUGUUUGAAAAUGAAACAGUGGGUCCAAAUGGGUUCCAGGUGGCACAUAUUAUUGCCACAGAUGCAGACAGCAAUGUUGACAACAGUGGAAAUGGAGUACUGGCCUUCAGUAUUACAGGUGGAAAUGAGGAAGGGCAUUUUGCUAUCGACAGAUCUUCAGGGCUGUUGACGAUCCAGCAAACGCUGGACAGGGAGACAACUCCAUCAUACACCUUGACCGUUCAAGUGCAGGACCAGGGCACACCCCAGCGAUCAGCCAUUAAACAGAUCAGCAUCCACGUCCUGGACAUCAAUGACCACGCCCCAGCAUUCAGUCAGGCCACUUAUACCGUCAGUAUCACAGAAAACUCAGCACCAAGGCAGAAUGUUCUGCAGUUAUCAGCAACAGAUUCUGACAUUGGAGAAAAUGGCAGACUGGCCUUUUACCUUCCGCCGGGAGUUGCAGACGACAAGUUCCAGUUGGACUCCAGCUCAGGCCAACUGAGCACAUCUGCCAUUUUGGACCGAGAGGAGCAAGCUACCUAUAUUCUGACAGCAUACGUGCAUGAUUUUGGAUACCCAGAAAAGUACAGCACUGCCACUAUUGUUGUAAGCGUCACUGAUGUCAACGACAAUGUCCCAAUAUUUGUCAAGAGUGAAGUGAGCUUGACCAUCCCCGAAAAUACAGAGCAGCUGGCCAUUCAUCAGUUGGUGGCCAAAGACCAGGACGCAGCGGACAAUGCCAAGCUGUCCUAUGCCAUAAUCGGUGGUAAUGUAGGCAAUGCUUUCACCAUUAACCCAGACACGGGAGAACUGUCCUGUAAAAGACUGGACAGAGAAACUGUCUCGUCUUACAACCUGACCAUCAGAGCCAGUGACCAUGGCAUCCCACAGAGAACAACAAUGUGUCAGGUCCGCGUCAAAGUACUGGACAAAAAUGACAACUUCCCACAAUUCUCUGCUCUAGAAUAUGCUCACACCAUUAAGGAAAAUGUUGCUGUGGGCUCGUUUGUCCUUCAGGUUUCGGCCAGUGACAUUGACGAGGGAGAAAACGCACACAUCACAUACUCCCUUGGCAACGACACAGACGGGUUGUUCCAGGUGGAUAGUCAGUCUGGAAACAUUACCACAAAUGGGUUGUUUGAUUAUGAGAAGAAGGCCUCUUACGUUUUCUUUGUGGUUGCUAAGGAUGGAGGUCAAAAGGACAUCAAGAACAAAACUGUUCAAGUUCGCAUCAACCUCAGUGAUGUUAAUGACAAUGCGCCAGUCUUCAAGGAGAUGGCAUACCGCAAAAAUAUGUCUGUGAACACCGCUGCCAAUGCAUUUGUCAUUAAAGUUCAAGCAGAUGACAAAGACUCCGGCAUAAAUGGGGAGGUUCGGUAUUCCUUAAGUAAUUCAGGCACUGACCUAGCCACUUAUAACAUGUUCCGUGUUGAUCAAGUGAGGGGAGAGCUAUACACUAGGCAGGCUCUCACCACAGGGGGAGUCUACAUGAUUCAGGUUGUGGCUACCGACCAGGGAGCACCUGCUCUUAGUUCUACAGGUAUAGUGGAAGUCACUGUAGGUAGUGGUUCAGGCAGCAUCAGUCUAAGGUUUGACCAGACGUCCUACCAUACCACAAUAAAAGAACACCCUAACAAGGGAGAUCUCGUAACAACUGUUAGAGCUUCAUAUGUUGGAUCAGGUGUUGGUCCCAUCAACUAUUCCAUGGUCAACAGCCAUGACCAGCAAAUAUUUUCCCUGGAUACCUCCACAGGAGUGGUCAGGAUAAACAAUGGAGCCUUACUGGACUUUGAGGUGGCCCGGGAGGUACAUGUGAUGGUGGUUGCAUCUAGUGGUAGCCUAUUUACUUACACCCAAUUGGUGAUUCAGUUGGAAGACAUCAACGAUAAUCUCCCCAAGUUUGCCCAGAAUGUGUACUACUCAUCCACCUGGGAAGGAGAAGAGGGAGAUCAUGUAUAUGUAACACAGGUGCUUGCAACAGAUGCAGACUCGGGUACCAAUGCUGACAUUACCUAUAACAUAAUUGGAGGAAAUGAAGGUUCAACCUUCCAAAUUCACCCUCCUCACAGCGGCAUUGUUGUCACUACCCUUCCACUGGACUACGAAAUUCAGAACAGCUACAGUCUCACUAUCGAGGCAGUGGACCAAGGCAGACCCUCCUUAAGCAGUACCUGUACACUGAAUAUUGAUGUAGUGGACAUUAAUGACCAGUGGCCAAAGUUCCCAGAUCCUCAACCAGUCAAUUUAAGUGAAGCUGCAGAUGUUGGUUCAUUGGUGAGAUUGAUAACAGCCAAUGACAGAGACAGAAACCCUACUCUGCUGUAUGACUUUACACUUACUGGUAACCCAGGAAACACAUUUGCUAUCGACAGAUUCAGCGGACGAAUCACACUAGCCAAACCACUGGAUCAUGAAGUCUGGACACACUAUGCAGUUCGCAUUAGUGUGAAUGAUACAAAAUAUGCAGAUCAGACCAUCUUGGAAGUUAAUGUUGAAGAUGAAAAUGACAACCACCCAGUUUUCUCCCAACAAAGUUACCAGGCUAAUGUACAAGAGUUCACUGGCCCAGGGGUGAAGAUUUUGGCAGUCAACGCUACAGAUGCUGACAGUGGGGUCAAUUCUAUCAUCACUUACAAUCUUAUUGUUAACCCCACAGGAGGAUUUUAUAUAGACCCUCAUACAGGUGAAAUUUAUACCAAUAAGACAGUUGAGCUUCGCCAGGACCAGCAGAUUUUGACGCUUGUGGUGACUGCACAAGAUGGUGGUAAUCCAAGGCUCUCAGCUGUGGUAGCCAUCAAUCUACAGGUCAUUCCGGUCAACAAGUAUGCCCCAGAGUUUCCCCAACAACAAACCAAAUUUUCGUUUGCUGAGGACAUCAAGAAAGGCGAGAGUCUCUGGAGUGUGACAGCAGCAGACAGGGACAUGAAACAAGAGGUCCACUACAACAUUGUGGCAGGGAACCAGCAAAAUACCUUCGGAAUCGAUCGCCAGUCAGGACUGGUUUUCCUGAAUGAGAACCUUGAUCGAGAGUCGGUGCCAACUUAUUCUCUCAUUAUUGAGGCCUUGGACAAUGGCAGUCCAUUUAAAAAGAACACCAUUACAGUGACGGUGGAGGUUCUAGAUGUGAAUGACCAGAGCCCAGUGUUCAAUCCAUUGGAGUAUUUCAAGGAAUUACCAGAGAACAUGGCACACUCUAAGUCUUUUCUUCAAGUGCAUGCUACAGAUUCUGACGAUGGAGUUAAUGCUGAAAUUCAAUAUACCAUUACAUCAGGAAAUGACCAAGGUCUAUUCAUAGUGCAUGGAAAAACUGGAGUAGUAUCCAUAACACCAAAUGCAACAUUGGAUUACGAGAACACGCAGCAACAUAAACUGAUUGUGAGAGCUACAGAUUGUAUGGGAUGUAACAGCACACAGAUAAAAUUCUCUGCAUUUGCAACCAUAAUCAUUAAUGUGACUGAUGUCAACGAAUUUUCUCCUGUGUUCCCAGUGCCGUUCUAUUACGCGAGUGUUGACGAGGGGCCCAGUGGUAUCCAAGUAUUCCAGGCUCAUGCUAACGACAGAGACGGUGGAAAAUAUGGAACUCUGUCGUACCAAAUUAGAAACACUGAAGUGUUCCGGAUUGAUUCGGCAACUGGAUGGGUGUAUACAAAGGUGAAUAUUGACUAUGAAAACCUGCCAUACCUCUCCAAUCCUGGAGAAAACCAAUACAAGUUUGACAUCGCAGUGACAGAUCCUGAUGGAAUGGAAGAUACUAUACCUGUUAUUGUGACCAUCAAUGACGUUGAUGAAUUUGCACCAGUAUUUUCUCCAGGAAAAUAUGCAUUUCAGGUCCCGGGCAAUGCUAAAAAAGGACAUAUUAUUGGAAGAGUCAGUGCAACAGACCAAGAUGGAGGACUGGCUGGCAUGGUCUUCUACAUCAUAAAAAGUCCUGUUGAUUAUUUCGACGUCAAUAUUACAUCUGGUGAAGUGUAUGUGUCCCACGAUUUCCAUUCCGAUAUCAGGAACAAACGUGAUCUGUCAGUGCGACAAAAACGGGCUCUCGAUAAGAACUUUGUGACACUGAUCAUUACAGCCACUAAUGGUGCUGAAGACCUGAAGGUAUCGACGGCCAUCAUUGAGGUUUCCGUGGAUACAAAAUGUGCUGGAUGUGCGCUUCCUCAGGCUGAAGUCAAAGAAGAAUCGGAUAAUACAACCAUAAUUGCAAUUGUGGUAGUCUUUGUGGUGGUGGCCAUAAUUUUAGUUGUGAUAAUAGUGAUCAUUGUGAUAAGGUUCAGAAAGAGGAAAGCUCCCACUGUAGUUUAUGAAACGGAGUAUCCAAAUCAAUUUGAUUUCCCUGUGGCCAAUGAUGAUGGGUCGCCCCCAGCUUAUGAUGAGAAGUACAGGAACCACCCAAUAACACCAGAUAUUUCUGAACGGUCGCACCACUCGCAGUCCAGUGGACGGGGGUCUGUCGAGGCUGAUGAAGAUGAAGAAAUCAUGAUGAUCAAUUCACAUUCCUCAAUUCUGAAUAACUCUGGUGGAUUCCGAAGUAAAAAUAUGCCAGACUCAGGCAUUCAGGAUGACGAUAAUAUGUCUGAACCUUCUGUUCAGAAUUCCAAAGACUACCUAGCUCGGCUAGGAAUAGAACCUGUUCACACACAGAUAAAAACUCAAAAUAUUAUGCAGUCUGUUGAGAGCAUGCAUCAAUUUACCGAGGAAGGGGGUGGGGAGGACGUGGAAUAUAACAAUGACUCUAGUGCAGAGAUUGUGAUAUCUGACAGCAAUAAUGAUUUAGGGUUCCACGAACCUGUAAAUGUACAACAGCAUGUAGGUGCACUGUCUAGCGUCAUAAACAGUGAAGAGGAAUAUAGUGGGUCCUAUAACUGGGACUAUUUAUUGGACUGGGGACCGCAAUAUCAACCCCUAGCUCAUGUGUUCACAGAAAUCGCCCGAUUAAAGGACGAUCGGCAAACGCCAAAAAAGCAACCUGUGAAAACUGUUCCACAAAGAAAAACAACUAUGAAUUUAAAUCCCCAAGUGAAAAUGGACCCUCCUCCUAUAAUAACUAAUGCUCCUCCGAAGGCUAUGCAACCUAGUCAGGGAAGCAAGCACUCAUCACGCACGAACAGCACAAUGAAUGUGUCCUCACUUCCUAGCUUACCUCGCUCCCCCAUCAGUUACGAAUCUAGCUUUACCUCCCCUGCAAUCACCCCCUCUUACACCCCCUCCCUUACCCCUCUGGCCACACGGAGCCCUUCCAUAUCUCCGUAUGGUUCGGGUCACAAUACGCCAAAUAGACAACGAGCAAAUGGACACAUGCAGAGAAUGGCCUUAUCGUCCGAGUCAGAACAAGAGCUCAGGAUAUAACAAUGUGAAAUAGGAAUUCUUAUGUGAUAUUACAGAAACAUAUGCACUCUGCUGUUGAUGAUAUGUGCUUUGUCAUUUAUUUUUAAUUUUUGUAUGAUUUGUGUACUUGUACUUUUUACUGAAAAACCAUUUUUAUUAAUUUAAGAAUGUGAUUUGUUUUAAUUAUGACACAAAGAUGCAUAAAUGUUUUAAUUAUGAUUUUAAACAAUUCUUAUUUACUACUCAAGUCAAUACAUUUCCAACUGUUCGAUUAUCGUUUGUUCUGUUCAUCAUUUGUACUGUUCAGUCUAUUUUUCUACUCAUUUUCCAUAUUGAUGUUCAUGAUAUUCGUAAGCAGAUUGGAAUAUUUCAUGUCCUUCAACUGAUCAAAACCACACUUAAUUUGUUAGUGUAAUGCUUAAUGGAGGUUCGUUUAGUGUAAGGCUUGACGGAGGUUCGUUUAGUGUAAGGCUUGUCGGAGGUUCGUUUAUAUCAUUGAUAUGUCUGAUAUUAUGAUCUUUUAAUAUUAUGCAAUAUAAGGGGGACCAUAUACUUAGUCCUAGAGACUUUAAAAAUCCAUUUAUUUUUGUGCAAAACUGACAUGACCUUUUUUUCAACACUGUAUUUUGUAAAACUUUUACCAACUGUUGAUGCUGAAUUUUAUGUACUUGUGUUUAGUGCCAAUAUCAUGCUGCAUUUGUGAACAAUUUGCAUUUAAUUCAUAUAAUUAAAGUAAUUAAAAAUGCUCAUAUUUUGUCCAAAAGAUCUUAUCAUUUUAGUACUUACAAAUGUAUGUAGAUGGACCAUUUGUGUAUAUUCCACAUUUUAAAGAGUUAAAUAGCGUAGAAUGUAGACUUUUUUAAAUUGUGCCAUCAUGAAUAUGCAUAUUUUUCUACAAAUGUAAAAUAAGCAAUCAAAAGUUUGUUUAAAACACUGUUAAGCAUUGUUCAUCAGGGGUCAGUAGGUCAUUGUCUCAUUUAUAGUUACAUGUAUAUGAUAGGUGAUCAAAUUUAUUUAUACCAAAUAAAAAUUAAAAUUA